AUGGCCAAGGGCCCUGGCGACCUUUUCUUUGGUCACGUGGCCGGGGAUGACUCCUCGUUGGGAAUCUCCGAUGAGUUCAACGAGGGGAUCCUCGGGAUGAUUGAGGAAAAAACCCUUGCCAGUGGCGGUCGCGAGGUCAACAAAGAGGCUGGUAGGGGAAACUAG